CUCUUUUGAAUAAAGUCCAUCUUGAGCUUGAAAAACUCUGAAUGCUGCUAUCCAGGCCAAGGUCAAAGCAGGGAAUGAGUUCAAAGCAAAGACUAAUGAAUGUAAUGAAAGAGAUAUGAUGUGUCAAGAACUUUACCUACAAUCCAUGUUUCGCAGGCACGAAACCAGAGAAAUCAGAGCUAAGGACGAGAAACUCGGGAGUGAAUCAAAGGAAAUGAAGGACGAGCUUACACAGCUCAAGACUGAGACCAAGAACCUUAAGGAAGAAAAUACUAAGCUCAACGAGAACAUUGAAGAAGCCUUUGCAGUUAUUAAGAAACUUGAUGAAGCCAGAUAUACCCUCAACAGACCUAUAGGACCCAAUGGAGUCCUUAAUGAGAGGAAGAGGCAGAAAUUCCUUAAACAAAAAGAUGAAGAAGAUGUCAAUGCAGGCCGAGCCUCUGGAGUUGGGGCAGCAAGCAGAAAUAUGCUAGGUUCCAACAAUGAGUACUUCUAUAAUGAUAAAAAUAACAACGAUGCUGAAGGAAAUAAUGAUGAUGACUUUUCGUAUUGUGCUCCUAAAGGAGGCGCAUAUGAUCAGCCAGUAGCAGGAGGUGAAUACCAGUCCUAUAUCGGCAACACCCAAGCAAUCGAUCCUAAUACGUUUGGAAAGGGAAACCAAAUAGGAGUUAGAGGAAGAUAG